GGAUUGGAGGUAGGAGAAAAAGAAGAUUGCAACAUAGCAGUUCACAGGGGAGGAUCCACCACCGAGCGGAGUGAAAGCGAAGCGGAAAGUUUACAGUGACUCAGUUCAGCGGAAGUCUGUACGCAACAGGUGUCAUAUUCUGUGUAUGGUUGUCGGUCGACUCCCUGUUUUACGGGUAAAGUUUUCGUCCGUCAGUAAAGUGAGAUCAUGUCGAACCUCCGACCCAAACUGUGCUCGCUGGAGAAAGGAACCAGCGGCUACGGGUUCCACCUGCACGGAGAGAAGGGCAAGACGGGGCAGUUUAUCCGACUGGUGGAGCCGGAUACUCCCGCCUCCGAAGCCGGGCUGUUCGCGGGCGACCGGCUGGCAUUCGUGAACGGGGAGAGCGUGGAGGGCGAGAGCCACCAGCAGGUAGUCGCCAAAAUACGGGCCACCGUCGGGGCUCUGGAGCUUAUCGUCGUCGACCCCGAGACGGCCGAGCUGCUGACGAAACACAACCUGGAGUCGGAGGAGUUCGUCACCGAGGGGAUUCCCCUGCCCGGCGGGGACAGCGACUCCGACCGUGUCGACGCACAGAGCAACGGCGCCUCCAGGGAGAACGGGGACACUAGCUCGGAGAGGUCGGUCAGGUCAGAGAGGCUGAGUGUCAGCUCCAACACCAAGGAGGAGAGCGGCGGGCUGCGGCCUCGUCUCUGCCACAUGAAGAAGGGAACUGGCGGCUACGGCUUCAACCUACACAGUGAGAAGGGAAAACCGGGCCAGUUCAUCAGAGCGGUGGAUGACGACUCUCCGGCACAGAGGGCGGGCGUGAAACCACGGGACAAGCUCAUCAAGGUCAAUGGCAUGUCAGUGAUCGGCAUGCAGCACUCAGAUGUGGUCGCGGCCAUCAAGGCGGGGGGAGACGAGACCACGCUGCUGCUGGUGGACGCCGAGACUGAAGAAUACUUUAUGAGAUGCAACGUCCUGCCCAACGACGAACACGUCACCGGACCUCUUCCUGAGCCAGCGUCAGAGAGAGCAUCAGAGGAGGAGCAGGCAGCAGCAGAGGUGAAGCCUAAAGUGUCUGUGAGCUCGUCAGCCUCCAGUGCCUCCUCCAACGCCUCCCUGCCAGCAGCCACCAGCAGCUCCACACCUGCAGAGGUGGAUCCCGCUCCAGCCGCUGACAGCCUAGGUCUGGGCACGUCAUUAGCCCAGGCCAAAGAAAGAGCCCGUCAGAAACGAGCCGCUAAGAAAGCCCCGACCAUGGACUGGAGCAAGAGGAACGAACUGUUCGGCAACUUAUAAUCAUCAUCACAUCCAUGUCCUCCUGACUUGUCUGUACUGCCCUGUGUCUGGUGUCUGAAUUUGGCUUUGACCUGACACAUUAUGUUCAUUUAGAAGAUUUUAAACUCUCACGUUUAUACAGUAUUAUAUGAUGAUUUUAUUUGUUUUAAUUUAGUUUGCCACUUGUCAUGUUUUAACAAUGGUUGACAUUACACGCAGGAAUGAAUGUUAAUAUAUUAAGAAGAAUGUGUAAAGAUGAAAAAUGGUAAUGUACAGUUUCUCCUUUGAAGGGGACUGUGUAAAGAAUAAUGGGACAUAGGGGAGAAAAGUUAUUGGUGGAAUUUGAGUUAGAAUUUAAAAUCUACAGUUUAAACAAAUUUCUGAUUUUGAUGCCUGCGAUCAGCUCCUAAAAUGAAAGAAUAUCCAUUUUCUCUUGUCAGUAUCUGUGAAUGAUCAAGGCUGAAUAACUCAUGAGCCCUUAUUGCCAAAAUAACUAUUCCAUGACGCUCUGUGUUUCGUGUCGACAGUGUUUUAAUCAUCAGUAUGUAAAAGUCUUAAGAUGAAUGGAGGGACAGUGUAGUUUGUAGAAUGGUGAAAGCUCCGGGAGACUUACUGGAAACUAUUUCUUAUGUUUGUCAAGUUGUCUUUCCCUUUUUUUGGCAUUGGUAUUUUUUUUUCUUCUCAUGUUGCUCUUAAUGGACAAUUGUACAUAUAUGAUUAUAUGAUUUGAGAGGAUAUUCUAUUUUGACCUAACUGAGAGAAAUUAAACUCGUCAGUAAGUUGUUUUGAUUCUGCUGAAAUUGCAGGAAUUUAAAUCUGCAUCAGUCGGUCUGAGUAUCAAAUACUUUUACUAUGUGAGAAUAUAAAGUGUGCCGAUAUACUGAUGCUGGCUCUGUGCUGUAGAAUGCAUUGAUGAGCAUUGACAAAUAAAACAUUUCGACAUACUA